ACUGAGCUCAGAUUGCUACAGCAUGUUGCCCAAGACUCUUCUCUCCAGGGGUGCCGCCCUGGCUGCUCUGGACCUCUCUCUGCCUGGCUGGACGGCCCAGCGGUCAGUUUCCUCUGUCACCAUCCCGCCUCCGGCCUGCAUGCUGCGGCCGCUGGAGGUGCCCAACCGCUACCUGUUUGGCCCUGGACCCUCAAACGUGCCCCCUCGAGUGCUGGCUGCUGGAGGGAGGCCCAUCAUUGGACAUCUCCACCCUGAAAUGUAUGAGAUUAUGAACGACAUCAAGAAGGGAAUCCAGUAUGCGUUUCAGACGAACAACCACAUGACUCUGGCCAUGAGCGGCUCAGGCCACGCAGCGAUGGAGUGCGCGGUGUUUAACACGGUGGAGCCGGGGGAGAGCGUGCUGGUGUCCGUUAACGGCGUGUGGGGGGAGCGUGUGGCUGAAAUCGCUGAGAGAAUGGGGGCCAAAGUUCACACUCUGGUAAAGGCGCCUGGUGGGUAUUUCACUAAUGAAGAAAUUGAAAAGGCUUUAGCCAAACACAAGCCAGUUCUGUUUUUCCUCACACAUGGAGAGUCCUCGGCUGGCCUGGCCCACCCCAUCGACGGUAUUGGAGACUUGUGUCGCAAAUACAACUGCUUGUUCUUAGUGGAUUCAGUGGCGUCACUGGGAGCUGCACCUCUACUGAUGGACCAACAAAAAAUCGACAUCCUGUACACCGGCUCCCAGAAGGCCUUAAAUGCUCCUCCAGGCACAGCACCCAUUUCAUUCAACGACAGAGCAUGCCACAAGAUGUUCAACAGAAAAACGAAACCCGUGUCCUACCUCUUUGACAUGACCCAUCUGUCCAACUACUGGGGCAACAACGGCAAACCUGCAAGAGAUUACCAUCACACCGGCCCCGUCUCUGGCUUCUUCACCCUCAGAGAGAGUCUGGCCAUCCUGGCUGAGAAGGGUCUGGAGAACUCCUGGAGGCACCAUAAAGAGGUAGCAGAGUAUCUAUGGAAGGGUUUAGAGGACCUGGGCCUGAAACUCUUCAUCAAGGACAAGGAUUUAAGACUGCCCUCGGUCACCACCAUCGCGAUCCCUGAUGGAUACGAGUGGAAGGAACUUCUAGCUUACAUGUUAAAGCAACACCAGAUGGAGAUGACGGGCGGUUUGGGGCCCUCCAUAGGCAUGGUGAUGCGGGUGGGACUGAUGGGCUACAACUGCAGCAAAUACAACGCUGAUAAGGCCCUGGCAGCCUUGGCCGACGCUCUGAAACACUGCCCAAAGCGCAAAGCCUAGACUACACACUGCCCUGCAGCACCGUCAGACACCUCAGUCAAAGCACAGGCGGCAUGGACAGAAACAUUGUACAGAUGGCAAAUAUCACAGAGGACUUUAAACAGGAGAAAUAUCCGUCUGUCUGUAAUGAAUACAGACAUGACAACUCCCACUGCAAAGGGCUCUGUGCAUAUUAAUAGUGAUGACUUGUAAACCUUCACAGCAAAAAAUAAUAUCUUAACAAGUGAAAACGUCUUAAAUGUAGUCAAUAAAUCUAAUAUCUCUCAUUAUGAGACUGUUGUAAGACUAUUAUAAGAUUAUUAAACCUGUUUCUGUACAUGUUUUACUUGUUUUAAGUGAUUUUAUCUGGUGAAAGUGUCUUAUUCCAUUGGCAGAUUAGUUUACUUGUUUUGGAGAUAUAAUGAAGAUUAUUUCUUGAUAUGAGAGAAAUAAUGAUUAAAACAAGUAACAUGAUCUGACAAUGAAAUAAGACACUUUUAUAAGAUAAAACUGCUUAAAAACAAGUAAAAAUGUCUAGAAAUAAGUUAAAUAAUCUCACAAUAUUCUUACAACAGUCUCAUAAUGAGAAAUAGUAGAUUUGUUGACUACAUUUAAGAUGUUUACACUCACUAAGACAUCAUUUUUUGCAGUGUUGUUAGCAGAGUGAUGGAUCUGUUGAAAUUAAUGUGUAAAUUGUACAGUAAACUGGAAAAGAUGUUCCUUUCAACUUCA